CAAAACGACAUUUAGUUCACUUCUUUUAAAAUAAAACGGCACUAGUUUGUGCACGUUUGUUUCUACACAGAAACGGCGCCGUUGCGUCGUGCAGUUAUUACUGGUGGUCACGUUGUGCGCGUCACUUGUUCGACCAAAUGCCUCGUUGAAAACCAAAGAUCGAAACUGAAUUGAGAAAUCGCAGAAUCAAGUGAAAAGAGACGGGAAACCGAGAGAUGUGGAGGCGCGUGGUUUCACUUUCUCCUGUGAUCUCUUCCUCGAAGUCCUCAUUGCUUAACCAGGCAGCGUAUAGAUUCAGGAUUUGGGAAUCAUUUGCUACAGAGAUUAUCAAUCCGGGGAAAUGUGGAAUAUCUCCCAUGGAAAAAACUCCAUUCAUUACUUUUGUGCUUGGUGGCCCUGGAAGUGGAAAAGGCACACAAUGUAUAAAGAUAGCUGACACAUUUGGAUUCAUGCAUCUGAGUGCAGGAGAUUUGUUAAGGACGGAAAUAGCUUCAAACAGUGAAGACGGGGCCAUGAUCCUUAACACUAUUAAAGAAGGAAAAAUUGUUCCUUCAGAAGUGACAGUCAAACUGAUUCAGAGAGAGAUUGAAUCAAGUGACUGCCAUAAGUUUCUCAUUGAUGGUUUCCCCCGAACUGAGGAGAAUCGAAUUGCAUUUGAGAAAAUUAUGGGAGUGGAGCCAAAAAUUGUGCUGUUCUUUGAUUGCCCUGAAGAAGAGAUGGUGAAACGAGUACUGGGCCGUAAUGAGGGCAGGGUUGAUGAUAACAUAGAUACCAUGAAGAAGCGUCUUAAUGUGUUUACAGCAUUAAGUCUUCCUGUCAUAAAUUACUACGAAAAGAAAGGAAAGCUUUACACUAUCAAUGCAGUAGGAUCAGUGGACGAGAUAUUUGAGAAAGUUCGCCCUGUUUUUGCUGAAUGUGAGGAAAUGACCCAAUAGUGCUCCGUGUCUGAGAAGGAUAGCACAAUGCACAUUUCUGCCACAUGAGCGGAGGCUAGCUGGAAGUAUAUAACAUGUAUUCAUAUACAUUGGGGGUUUUGCAGAAGGGGAGAAGAAUUCUCUUCAGAAAGAGCCCCAGAGUUAUGUCAUCAAACUUUUACCCACAGAUAGUAAAUAUUUUCCCGUUUACUGCUU